AUGAGCUCAGACAGGAAAGCUCAACAGAAGCUGAAACUUGUAGACCUGGUUCUGGAUUAUAUCCCUGAUUCUGGGUCAUGUCUCCCACUCCCCCAUCCCUGGACAAAGCUGGACAUCCAAAUGUUGGCAGCCACAUCCACGAAGAAAGGAAUGGAUACAGGAACUCAGACAAAUAUGAAUGUAAAUGAAGUCAUUAGCAACAGAGCAAUUGAAAUGUUAGGAGGUGAACAUGGCAGCAAGAAACCUGUGCAUCCCAAUAAUCAUGUUAAUAAAAGCCAGAGCUCAAAUGAUACUUUUCCCACAGCAAUGCACAUUGCUGCUGCAAUAGAAGUUCAUGAAGUACUGUUACCAGGACUACAGAAGCUGCACGAUGCUCUUGAGGCCAAAUCCAAAGAGUUUGUGCAGAUCAUCAAAACUGGACGCAUUCAUACUCAGGAUGCUGUUCCACUUACUCUUGGGCAGGAAUUUAGUGGUUAUGUUCAACAAGUGAAAUAUGCAAUGUCAAGAAUAAAAACUGCCAUGCCAAGAAUCUAUGAGCUCGCAGCUGGAGGCACUGCUGUUGGUACAGGUUUAAAUACCAGAAUUGGCUUUGCAGAAAAGGUUGCCGCAAAAGUGGCUGCACUUACAGGCUUGCCUUUUGUCACUGCUGCAAAUAAAUUUGAAGCUCUGGCUGCUCAUGACGCUCUGGUUGAGCUCAGUGGAGCCACAAACACUACUGCCUGCAGUCUGAUGAAGAUAGCAAAUGAUAUUCGUUUUCUGGGUUCUGGUCCUCGGUCAGGUCUGGGAGAACUAAUCUUGCCUGAAAAUGAACCAGGAAGCAGCAUCAUGCCAGGCAAGGUGAACCCUACUCAGUGUGAAGCAAUGACCAUGGUUGCAGCCCAAGUCAUGGGGAAUCACGUUGCUGUAACCGUUGGAGGCAGCAAUGGACAUUUUGAGUUGAAUGUUUUCAAGCCAAUGAUGAUUAAAAAUGUGUUACAAUCAGCCAGGCUGCUAGGGGGUGCUUCAGUUUCCUUUACAGAAAACUGUGUGGUAGGAAUCCAGGCCAAUACAGAAAGGAUCAACAAGCUGAUGAAUGAGUCUCUAAUGUUGGUGACAGCUCUCAAUCCUCACAUAGGGUAUGACAAGGCAGCAAAGAUUGCUAAGACAGCACACAAAAAUGGAUCCACCUUAAAGGAAACUGCUAUUGAACUUGGCUAUCUCACAGUAGAGCAGUUUGAUGAAUGGGUAAAACCUAAGGACAUGCUGGGUCCAAAGUGAUUUAAAUAAAUUUAUAAUGAAAAUAAACAUGCAUAAAAUUUUAAAAAA